GUUGUUUUGAUGGGGAACGAUGUGAAUGUGGCACAAACAUAAGCGUGUGUUUUUUUAAUAAAUGUUCACGUUUACGUGAAAUGGCGACUCCGAAAAUAGUAAAUGUCCCAAUCUUUACACACGUAGAUCGGGAUGUAUUUCUACAACAAAUUUAUCCACAGCGUGAACCAGCAGUGCUGAGAGGUGUGUUUUUGGGUCCAUGUAUGGGAAAAUGGACAGCUGAGUAUCUUGGACAAAAAGGUGGCGAUAAAGAGGUGAAGAUACAUGUUUGUACAGUACCACAGAUGAACUUCCUGCAGAAAAACUUUGUGUACAGGACAAUUCCAUUCAAGGAGUUUGUGAAAAGGGCAUCUGAGAAGAAACACUCAGACUUCUUCCUGUGUGAGGAUGAGAGCUAUUAUCUUCGAUCUUUGGGAGAAGAUGUUCGAAAGGAACCUGCUGACCUCAGCAAACAAUUCCCCGAGUUAGCAGAAGACUUCCAUUUCCCUAAUUUCUUUGAUGACCAUCAGUUUUUCUCCAGUGUCUUCCGCAUCAGCUCCUGUGGUCUUCAGCUGUGGACACACUACGACGUAAUGGAUAACCUUCUGGCUCAGGUGACUGGCAGGAAGAGGGUGGUUCUCUACAGCCCCCAGGACGCUCUGCAUCUUUAUAUGUCAGGAGACAAAUCAGAGGUGGUAGACAUUGACUCGCCAGACCAAAACCUGUUUCCUGAUUUCCUAAAGGCAGUGAGGUACGAGUGUACGUUGGAGCCUGGAGAUGUGCUGUUCAUUCCUGCGCUGUGGUUCCAUAACACGCUCGCACUGCACUUUGGUGUUGCUGUCAACAUCUUCUGGCGCCAGCUGCCUGAAGACCGCUACGACAAGAAGGACCCUUAUGGUAACAAAGACCCGGUGGCUGCAAGUCGAGCCCUUCAAAGUUUGGAGCGAGCACUGCACCACCUGGAAGAACUUCCAUCCGAGUACCGGGACUUCUAUGGACGUCGAAUGAUUCAGCAAAUACAGAAGCGGACCUUCUUUGGUUGUCAAUCAAAAACCAUGAUGACAGAAGCCAGCUCCUCUUCAACGCGGGAUCACAUUUGACUCAUGGAAGAUGAAGUUAUACUAACAGAACUCUUGUACAAAGUACACAAAAGUUCUACCUGAGAAAAAUAUGAUAACUUCCAGAAAAAAUAUUUAAAAGUUUAAUAUCAAAAGUAGGAUCUCUAAUGAAGUAAAUUAAUUAACUUAUAUUAUGUGUUGCAUAUGGUGAAUGUUUAUAUCCAUCUUGGAGAAAGUAGACCACCAGUUUAAGUAAAUAGUAGUAUUUCAGUUUGAGCACAUAAUUAAAUAGGGCCCUUUGUUGGAAAUUUGCAUGUGGACUGGAUUACUUCUCUUAGGAGAAGAGGCAAUAAAGUUUGACCUCGGUAUGCAAAGGUGAUAAGCCUAACCGUGAGAAUAGACUACAUGUUUAGCUUAACACCAACAUUUAAGUUACGACUACCAUCUGUUGUCUUUCCAGACACUUACACACACGAACAUCUCCUUUUAUGGUCAGGCUAUGCUGUCCUGACUUAGCAUACACACAGAGACAAGAAGGAGGAAUAUGUAAACUGAUGGUUUGCCUUCCCCAAGUUAUGAGUGCCUCAUUUUUUGACUCGACCUCCAGGAUCUGCAGUCCUGUAAAUCUCACCUUACCUUAUCCUUGUCCACACAAACACAAUGGUCGUUUAAACCCCAUCCCCCCUCCGUCAGCCGACGCAACAUGACCUAAUACGCAUGCGCGGAAAAUGCGCACGUGAAAGUCCCCUCCAAUGAUGCUUUUUGUGCAAGUUCUUAAAUUAAAUUUAACUUCUCUGAACAAUA